CGGUGGCAAUCAGUGUGCCAUUUAUAUGGUACAGACAAAGAUCUACAUGGACUAACACUGAAUAAGCUUAGGUUUCACACUCCAGUAAAUACUGAGUGCAUGCUGAAUUACAGCCUGAGUCAGCAAACUCCUGUCUGCAGUCUUGAACAAGGAGUGUCACAGACGGCAAAGAGGAGAUUUUGGGGUCUGGUCCGGUAACCAUUGGCAAUGUAAAAACUCUUCCUGCUCCAGUACUCUAGUACUCACGGUCAGUGUUGAGUGAUGUCAUUGGAGAACUGAGUUGAGCCCUGCCCUCAGGCCGAGGUAGUGGAUGCCCAGCUGGCUGCUGGAGACAAUCCACCCCAUGACAGACAAAGCAGAUCCCUGCCCCACAACAUCAAGAUACAGAAAAUGACAUCAGAACCCAGUGAGGGGGUAGGCCAACUGCAGGAGAACACAGAGACCCAGGAGUCAUCCGCAGGACGGAGGAAAGGGGAGCCAGGGGGGCCCACAAAAAACGGGGCAGGUGAAUGUCUGGAGGUGCUGUGCUUCAGAGGCAGCAGGAGAAGGUCGACCCCCAGGAGGGUGGUGUUCCUACCAUACCUAGAGAUAGAAAGGAACAGGAAGAUAGACGAGCCCAGGAGCCUGGGGCCCUUCUUCUUCUUUGGAGGAGCGAAUGGGGCCUCCAUAGUAACCUCCUAUUGUGAGAGCAGAGGUUGGCAACGGAUCUACGACAAGACAAGGAAGGAUUUCAUACUGAAGUGGUGUGAGACCAAAUCCCCAGACACCUACAACAACUUCAAAGAAGGGGAACAACUCCUGUAUCAGAUCCCCAACAACAAAGUGCUGACCAGUAAGACAGGCCUCCUUAGCAGCCUAAGGGAGUAUGACCGAGUCAGCAGCAAGGUCAAACAUGGUCUGAGGAGGUUGAGAAUGGAGGACUUUUUCCCCACCACCUUCCGCAUGGACGUGAGAGAUGAGAGAGAGGCUUUUUUUGCCCAGCAGGAAGGUAUGUGUGAUAAGGACAUGAGCAUGUGGAUCUGUAAACCUGCGGGCCUCAACCAGGGGCGGGGAAUCUUCCUUGUGAGAAGCCAGAAAGACAUCUCAACCUUCAGACUCAAGUUACAGAAUAUCUCAGAGAGCCACUGCAACAGGAAGUUGCCUUUGCGCCUGCCCCAGGCGUGCAUAAUACAGCAGUAUGUCAAGAACCCUCUGCUCCUGAAAGGGAGAAAGUUUGACAUCCGCUCCUAUCUUCUCAUUGCCUGCACGUCUCCCUACAUGGUGUUCUUUCGCCACGGUUAUGUGCGUUUGACCUGUGACCUUUACGACUACAACUCUCAAAACCUAUCUUCCCAUUUGACUAAUCAGUACUUGCAAAAGAAAAACCCUCUCUACAGCAUGCUGAAGGAGGAGACUGUCUGGUCCAUGGACCGAUUGAACACCUACGUCAAUGACAAGCUCAGAUUUGACAAGGGCCUGUCUAGAGAUUGGGUGCUUAGCACUUUCACUAAGCAAAUGCAGCAUAUCAUGAUCCAGUGUUUCUUUGCUGUGAAAGCCAAGCUGGAUCGUAAACUGGGAAACUUUGACCUGAUUGGCUGUGACUUUUUGAUUGACGAGGACUUCAAGGUGUGGCUGUUGGAGAUGAACUGUAACCCAGCCCUCCAUACCAACUGUGAAGUCCUGAAGGAAGUUAUUCCCAGUACUGUUGUGGAAACUCUUGAUCUGACUCUAGAGAUCUUCAACAAAUGUCGCCGUGGGCUGAAGCUGUUGCCGCUAGCCAGUCAGAGGAACUUUGUGCUAUUAUAUGAUGGGGAGACCACCCCCAUCCCUGCCCUAAGCCAGAAGACCAAAAUAGCAGGACCCCUCCGAGCCCAGCAUCCAAAGAGUGCCUCCAUCCAAAAGCACCUCACCACCAGCAGAACUCAGAAGACUAUAGUAGCUGUGUCUGAGGAAAAGUCACUGAAUGGGAACACAGAUUAUCCUGACGCCACGAAGGCUCUCUCUGAAACUCCAACUUACACUGAAACCACCCAAACACCAACGGCUAACCCUCCUGCCCCUGUCACUAUGCACAAUAUCCCAUUCUUUCAGGUUGCUAUUAACCGACACACAGUUCCAGCGGGGGACCCCAGACCACAACACACCCGUAAACCCAGUCCUAGGCCCCCUAAGCCAGCUCACACCCGUGUGGAACUCCGGCUCAGCAAAUGCACCUGGGAGCAGUACCCAAGGAACUUGAAACACUGGAAGACACCAUCCCUUCUCCAGAUGAAGACCACAUUGGUGUCACUGUCAAACCCAGGUCAGACUGAGGGCUCGUGCCUCACUGUGCAACGCACGCCAGUUUCCAAAUCCUGGACCCCAGACCACAUCCAGCCCUUUUGCUACUCCCUGAGGCCCACCCAGUUCCGCAUGGCCCAGCCAGGCACCAGCUGUCCUCUGGGGACAGGCAGACAGAAGGAAGGGAGAUUGAAGGGAGAUGGGGCCCAUGAGCCAGGUAAAGACACACAAAGCACAGCCAAAGAGAAAAGGGAGAAAGAGCACAGGGAAAAUAUGUGAUAUAUUCACAUACAGACACUCAGACCUGUCAAAAUAUAAACUUAAUGUUGGGGCGAGUUUGGAACCUUACAAUGAAACAAAACCAGUUUCUUAUUACAGAAAAACACUACAUUGUGUAUGAAAAUGAUACAUGUUUAUCCUGUUUCAUGACAAAUAUUUAGCCCUGGAAAAAAACAGAUGAUUGUGUAUUUUAAUGAUUAUGUAUUUUGAUGCUAUGUAUUUUACAGUGGCUUUAACAAAGCCAAAUCAACACAAACCUAAUCUGUAACAUUCACAACAACUACAGCACAAUAGAAAACUGUGUUGAAGCUGUGGUUUGAUGUUUUGACUGCAGUUCUUUGUCUCUCAGCUGUGAAACACGUAAUUAUGUUGCCUCUGUACUUAUUAAGCACUGCAGUAACAUUAUUUCUGCUACGGUCAACAAUGUCAAUUGUUUCUCAAUGGCUCUGCGUGAUUGGCGUGACUCUCCAAAGGGAAUCAAACAGGGUUCAGAAGUUGAGUUUGCUUUGUAAGACUGUCCACAUGAAUCAGGCACUGAGGAAGUUGCGUGGGUCUCUGUGUGGUCUGGGUGCUAACU